AUGGCUCCGAACGUCAAGCUCGCCGGUAUCGACGUCGACGGUCAACUUCGCGGCAAGCUUGUAUCGAAGAAGAAGUUCCUAUCUAUUGCCGAGUCAGGUUUCGGCUUCUGCUCUGUCAUCUUCGGCUGGGAUAUGCACGAUCAGACAUACAUCAAAGAGCUGAAAGUCAGCAACAAGGAGAACGGAUACAGAGACAUCAUUGCCAUUCCAGAUCUCAACAGCUUCCGGCGCAUCCCGUGGGAGAACAAUGUGCCGUUCUUCUUGGUUAGCUUCCAUGACCCUGAUACCAUGGAGCCCGUGUCAGCUUGCCCGCGUGGCCUGCUGAGAAAACAACUGGCAAAGCUGGGCGAGAAGGGAUACGAGGCUAUGGCUGGAGCCGAGUACGAAUUCUUCCAAUUCCGAGCGCCCGCGGAAAGCUCUAGCGAUUCAACAGCGUCCUACCUGAAGGAGAACCCUCCUCAUUCCCUACCAUCCCUGACCGAGGGCAUGUUUGGCUACAGUUUGACACGACCGGUCCACAACAAGGAUUACUACUACGAUAUCUUCAACACAUGCGAAGAGUUCCAGUGCAACAUCGAGGGCUGGCAUACCGAGAGUGGGCCGGGCGUGUUUGAGGCUGCGCUCGAGUUCGGCGAAGUUAAGCAGAUGGCCGACCGUGCCAGCUUGUUCAAAUACGUUGUCAAGUCUGUGGCCACAAAAUACGGAAUCACCCCUUGCUUCAUGGCCAAGCCCAAGCAAGGCCUUCCCGGAAACAGCGGACAUAUGCACAUUUCUCUCGUCAACAAAGAUGGCAAGAAUCUCUUGGCUCGCGAAGAAGCCGAUCCCAACGCUCCGUAUCCCGAUGUCGCCUAUCUUUCAGACCUGGGCAGACAUUUCCUCGCCGGAAUCCUCGAGGGCCUACCAGAUAUCAUGCCCAUGAUUGCCCCAACUAUCAACAGCUACAAGCGACUCGUCGAGAACUUCUGGGCACCCGUAACCGUCUCCUGGGGUUUGGAGCACCGUGCCGCUUCUAUCAGACUUAUCGGUCCUCCGGGAUCCAAGGCCGGUGCGACCCGCUUCGAAGUUCGCGUGCCCGGUGCAGAUGCCAACCCGUUCUACGUUUUGUCCGGCGUCCUAGCAUUGGGCUGGCGCGGUGUGGAGAAGAAGCUCGAGAUCCCAUGCCCACCGCUAGGCAAGGGCGAGCAGGUUGGCGGGGAGUCUGAUGCGGGUGCUAGACUGGCCAAGAGUCUGAAGGAGGCCACCGAGCGAUUUAUGAGGAAGGACAGCAUCGCGAGAGAAGUGUUUGGAGACGAGUUUGUGGACCACUACGGAGGGACGAGAGAGCAUGAGAUCCGUCUUUGGGAUGAGGCCGUCACCGACUGGGAGAUGAAGAGGUAUAUCGAGACCGUCUAA